UCGUCUGCUCGGCGCACUUGCCGCAACACGAGCACGAGGCAACGACUGCUGACCCCGCAUAUUGAUCGACCCGAAUCUGCAGUUCGCUUCUAUCCGAUUGCGCGGCACGGGUGGCGCUUCCACGCACAGCGCCGCGACGCUCGUCUACGCUCAUACGCUAGCGUAGUCGCAACCACUGCACCCGCUCGCGCCGCAUCGUCGUCGACUGGGCUAUGUGGAACCGUCCACCCCCGUGCUGGCGGUGCAGUGUUCACGGGAUCGCUUAAAAUCAGCGAAUCGUCGACGACAGUUUCAGUGAUCACCAUUGGAAGAGCCACCAGGGACUGGAACCCCGUUUGCUGAACCCUCCAGGAUUGGAGGAGAUCCUGGCUCCUUUCUACGCUCGAACACCUGGGAUCUAUGUCUGUGAGUUGUGAUCGCCGAUACUGGCUGUCGAAGAUGUUGAUAUAGAAUCGUCGGAUAUCGGUGGACGACGCUCAUCCUAGAAAAAUGAAAUCACGACGCUGCGACGAAAGACUUUGUUCUCAGCGGAACGGACACCAGUCCUCGUAGCAGAGAGUCGGAACGACGAUACAGAUCUCGUGGCGAUUUAUUCAGCAGUGUCCAUAGGAUCCUUUGGAGACUCGUUGCUGCUGAUAGGCCGGAAGAAUCCUCGUUGCUGACUCGAAAGUCGAUUGCCUGGCGGGCGAAUGCAACUCCGCGAGUUGCAACUGGCGUGCAUUUCUACCGAAAGGGCGAAUUCGUGACACGGCAUGAAGCUGUAUAAAAAGUAAGAAGGAGCUACCACGGGAAACAUGGGGUCGAAUCAUUUGUUAGUGGCGGCAAUUGUACUCGCGGUUGCCACCGUCUGUCGCGCAGAGUGCCAGACUCGAAGAGUUUACUGCUACGAAUGCGAUUCGUGGACAGAUCUCAGAUGCAAGGAUCCAUUCAAUUACACCGCGCUUCCUAGAGAUCGGCCGCCAUUGAUGAUCUGCAAUGGUUGCUGCGUGAAAAUGGUUCGCAACGCGAAGUCGUCGUACGAGAGCGUGAGACGGACCUGCACAUCUCAGCUACAGAUAAACUUAUUCAUGGUGGACCACGUGUGCAUGAUGGAAAGUACCGGCACUGGUCACAUGUGCUUCUGUGAGGAGGAUAUGUGCAAUCGUGUCUCCCCGACCUCGUGUUCGAAUCCCGUACUCCUGCUGAUCCUGUCGACCAUCCUUGUACUACGCUCAGUCAUCUUAGGGGUCCCAGCUUGCUUAGUAGAACGUUGCAAUGGUCACGUCAUAUAACACUGAUUCUACUCUCGAUUCACCCGCGGUGGUUUUGAUUCAUAUCCUCGUAGACCAUUAGUUAUAGCCGGCGUCACGAACACCAAGUCGGGACGAGCGAUCCUGUACAGUCACGUACUGACCAGGAUGAGCGAGAACUCUCUAUUUGUUUCCACACGAUGAUGCGAACCGAGAGGUAAGAUAUACAAUGUGUUUCACGGAAGAGAAGAGAAUCGUUCGAUACCGACCAUCGGCAGAUAUUGAUAGUAGAAGCCUCCGUUGAGGAAAAUAAAAUCCUCAGGAUAGAAGAAAAUAUUACACAUUGAAGCAUAAUUACCCAGGGUCUUUUAAAGUCUAUAUUUGUCCAAAAACUGAACAUGAAAAUACACAACAAUACCAACCUAACAGUAAAACACAAUAUGAAGUAGAGCAACGAGAUGCAAACCGUAUCAGCCGACAAUAGUCUAUACAGGAAUUCUACUAAAUUCCUAUCUGAUGAGUUUACAGAUAAAUGUAACGUUUUAUCGAUGAUCGAACCGAUCGGAACGCUUGACAACGAUUCUCUUCUUCCCUUCACUGGAGAUACUGCACUCUGUAAUCGCUCAUCCCGAUCCUCUCUUCGGCGUAGACAGUAGCGAGAGAUCUGGACCGUGUUCUGUGUAGACAAAUCAUUCGACUCUCUAUCACUCUCACGAUUUUACCGCGAUCCCUUGUUAUUUUUUUUUGACGUCUCCUCGAGAGAGAGGAAGAUAUAUAUAUAUAUAGAGAGAGAGAGAGAGCUUACGCACGUUCGCUGCAAUGACUUUGUGAUACGUGCACAUACGAGAGAGAAUUUCGUUUGCCCUCUCCCUGGCGAAUGCGCAAUCCAAGGUAUGAAAUUCUCGAUUACUUUCAUCCAUUUUGCACAACGCUGCCAACAAUUCGCAAACGAUUCGAGUCACCUUUGAAAUUGACACCGGGUAGAAGAUGUUCGUUUAAAUAGUAGAAAUUGGUUGCAAUAUGGAUUGAUUUUUCUUGGAAAAAUUGUACUGCAUGAAACGUGAUAUUUUCAAUUUGUUUUACUUCUCUUAUACAGUCAGUCCCAUAAAUAUUCGUACCCUCUGUGGUUAUUGAAGGAAUUUGUCUAAAUUAAAUGAUAAAUUUGACGUUUCCAAAUACAUUUUUCAUUAUAUAUAUACAAGUGUAAAGUUUAUCCAUGUACAUAUUUAUAAUGAACAAUUAUUUGAAAACAUCGAACCUAUUAUUUAAUUUAGACAAACUUCUUUAAUAGAUAUAGAGGGUACGAAUAUUUAUGAGACUGACCCUAUAUAUUCAAUGCAUCUUCUCUUUUCAUCGUCACGUAUUUAUCGAAGAUUUCUAAGCAUCGUUUUUCUAAUUCUCGUAAGCACUUUGAUAAUCAUUUAGAAUUUAGCGUCGCUGAAUGGAGAUGCUCUUGAUAUUUAGUAAAAAAAAAGAAACGGAAAGAUUAGAAUGGACUAAUAUCGCCGUGCUGAUUUCUUGGAAUGUUUCUUUCAUUAAAAUUCCCUCGCUCGCUUGAUGUCACCUGUGCUUCUGUGCCAGGUCCGCCACGUUUCUAAGCGAAGGUAGAUCACGAAAAUACGUAACGUAGGUGUAUACUGUUUGCUACGUCGUUCGAUCAUUGCAAGAUUUAGGAGUUAAUGUGUCGUAGAUGGUGUUACGUCACGCAUUUACAGCUUAGAGCACUGUGCGCGUCUUGCACUGGGAGUGAGGAAGCCUCUCCAAAAAAUAAUCCCCGAGUGACGAAGGAUAACCGAGUCGAGGCGCAGAGAGAUGCGAUAAGAAACGUUACGAUAAGGGAUAGUUGUUCUGGUGGAUUAGAGUUGAUUGCUGGGAGCUUUUGAUAUUCGCCAAACGUUUCAUACGCGUAAUGAUAAUGAGAUUUACUUUCGUCAAUGAUGACGUUAUAUCGCUUUCGAGGCAAUAGAUUGCUGAAAUCGGUGGUAGCCAUUUUGUAAAUAAUUGUUGACAUUCGCUGGAAUAAGGUAAACUCCCAUUGUUUUAUUAUAGAGGCCUUCUUGGGGAGACGUUGUUAUAAUUUGCAAAAACGAACUAUUAGGGAAAGUAUUUAAGCUAAGGGAUUGGUUGAUAUGAAAGUUUAGAGUUGACAUGAAAAAAUGGUAAUGAAAUGGUAAUGGAAUAAAAAAACGUAAGAUAUAAUGGAUAUAUACGUGGUAUAACAUAUUUUUGUGUUUACAGCUUAAAAUGUUUUAAAAUGUAGGUUUAAGAUGCCCUUUUACUUAUGAGCGUUAAUUGUUGAACUUAUUAUUUAAAGGGAAAUAUGAACAUAGUGUAGACUACACGGAAAUAUUUUAUUAGAAAAAAGUAUACAAAAAUAAAUUCACAUGUUAAUGAAGACAAGAUUCUUAUUCUUAAAUUACAAUACUGUCUCUUUGAAUAUAUCCAACAACAAGGCCAAAGACUUUAACAAUGGAAGUUUAUUUUACGAGGAAUUCUACAUAUCUAUUGUUAUAGUAAACUAAGUGUCAAUGCAAUACUAGACGAAUUCUACAAUAUUUCGUGCUCUAAGAAACUGAUUCUAAAGGAUGAAAUUCAGGAUACCACGGCUCUCUUUGAAUACAUUUUAUCAAAGUUUCAAGAUAAAUAACGCGUGAUUUCGGUGCCCAUGCGCGUGUCUCGCUAUUGCCGCGCUCUCUCUACUGUUCUUCGUCACUGAGACGUCCCUGAAAGUUUACUCAUUCGCCAUUCUUAUGAGUCACCGACGCGCCCCAUCCGCCAUGAGAAAAUGAAACGGAAGUAGCCCUUGGUACCAGCGUGCUUAAGGUAGUCCACGGCCAGGAAGCAUGGUUUCGGCAUGCCCAUCCGACAGCGAUGUCAUCAAACGCAGCGACGACGGCCGACGAGCAUCGACAGCAGCAUUUUCGUGUUCUACGUGUCUCGAGUUUGCUCGCACGCGUGCCUUUCGAGGGAUCAUCCAAUGGUAGUCGAAUCGAUAAAAGUUAAUACAGAUAGAAUUCAGUAUGUGGUUAAGAAUCUGAAUCAUUCUCAGUAUAUAAGGUUUGGGAAUGUUUCCGUAUUCGAAUAUUGUACUCGAGGAAUUAUUCUGUAUUUGUUCAAGUAAUAUUCGAAUAUUGUGAUGCAGGCCGUUCAUUUAGUAGAUUCACCUUUCAUGGAAAAUGAACACUUUGUUAUUUGCAUAACGAUAUUUGAAUAGUGAUGCGCGAAUACAUAUUGAAAUACUUGAAUAAUCCAAUACGCAUACAAAUAUUCUAAUCGUAUCGAAGCACUUGAAUAUUCCAGCAACAAUAUUCUAAUACACAUUCAAACAUUCCAAGAGCGAUACCACCUAAAUAUUCUUCAAUAAUAAUAUUCACAUACGCAGAACAAAUACUCAAAUAGUAAAAUAAUAAAAUUAUUGACCACAUAGGUAAACAACUACCGCAAGGUGAACCGCUCGGAAGUGCGUGCGCGUGCGAAUGUGUGCCUCGGUAGUGUUAGCGAUUCUACCAAUCACGUAUUUAGCAAGAGUGUGUUCACACGUAGAAAGGAGCGAGUUCAAGUGCAUGAAUUGUAGCACCUUCGGUAUAGUGUGUUGAAAAUCGCGACAGAGGAGAAGCGAUGACACCCUUGGACCUGUUCCAUCGUUAAACGAUCGAAUGGAAUCAGAUUUCAUUAAUACACGAUAUUCCAGCAAUGUUUGUCGUCUCUAUCCACUGUCCACCGACGUUCAAGCGCAGCAACGCCUUGCAUGACACUUGCAUGAAUUUGUUAUUAGUACUUUUGCGACAAACAAGGAACUCCAUGUCCGCAGCCUUUGCUUCGGCCGGUGACUGACUUCCAAUGAGAUUCUGAAGUCGAUCAAGUUGCAUUCUAAAUUUGUAAACUUCAGGAAUGUCGAGGUAUAUGACUAUUUUUUAAUACAAGAAGGGUACAUUCGUUGACUGUGAAAGCAAGAUUGUUUCGUGAGAUACAUAUUUGAGGUAUAAAAGUUGGUAUAUUUGUUGCACCACUUUAUUAAGUAUACCUACAGUUAGUCCCAUAAAUAUGCGUACGCUCUAUGUCUAUCGAGGAAAUUUAUUUAAAUUACAUGGUAGAUUUGAUGUUUCCAAGUGUACGUUUAUAUAAAUAUAUACACGUAUAAGCUUAUUCAUAUACAUAUUUAUAAUAAAAAAUCCAUUUGGUAAUAUCGAAACUAUUAUUUAAUUUAGUAAAACUUCUUUCAAUAGACAUAGAGGGUACGGAUAUUUAUGGGAUUGACUGUAUAUUAUAAUACAUUAGUCAACAGACGUACUCCACGUUUUAUCUAUAGAAAACUACAUAAAAAGUAAAACCUAUUUAAAAAAUGUUCUCAAUUGAUCCUAAUUGGGGCUUCCUCAUGGUAGAAUACUCCAAACAUUUACCAACAUUGCAGAUACUUUCUUCAGGGAUCAAAUGAUACACUGAUAUCACGACACAAGUACCAGUGCAUUGCAGCUGGCCUUUCCAGGUAUUAAAUGAUGACACAUUGAUAUUAUGACACCGAAAUCAAUGUAUCAUUUGACCUCUAAAAACAGGGACAAAGCUUACACCGAAAAGCCUCAUUCAGGAUUAAUUCUGAUGAUCCGACUUGCGAACGCCUCAAAUAUCUUAAACAAUAUUGCUAACGUUUUCGAGAACAUUCGAAAGUCCCUGCUUGGUAUGUUUAAUCUUGAAAAAGAAAAAGAUAAUAAACCUCGAAGGAUUCAUGGAAGUCUUCCCCGCGCGAUGCUCGGCUGGAAAACAGCAGCCCGAACACGAAACCCUCCACCCUGACGAAUGCAACGCGAGGCAUAUCGAACUUAAAGAAAGCACAACGUGGGCCUUCAGCUUCGAACGUGCCACACCGAUUCGAUUAAAAUUGGCAGCGCAAGAGGGCUUCAGGCUUAAGUCGGAAACUCCCUCCGGUCAUCUCUCUCUCGACACGCAAAGAAACGAGGAACUCGAUCGCAGAAAGCGACGUUGACUCGCUCGACAGUACUCGUUCGUUCGAGCUUUCGAUCACGCAAAACUGAUUGAGGUUCGGGCUGGCACGGCCAAGUUGAACGCGCAUGUCCUCACAGAAAGGCUUCUCCAGCGGAGCCUCUUGCCAAACAAGCGCCGGUGCUCGAUUGACGAAAAACCGAGCUAACCGGUGGUUCUCUGGCAAGCCAUGCGGCUCGUGUCGCGUCAUUUGUUCAUUGUCGCACGCGCGGCUGCGAGGCUACGUUUUCUUCGGUUUAUGAUGCCGUUUUUCAACGCUCUGUCUAAUCAUUCUCGUUUUGUCGUUGCACCGCGAAUCCGCGAGCGCCUGCUGGAGCCUCUCCCAACGAACCUUGGAAUAUAUUCCUUUGAUUUAUUUCUUUUUUAAACUCGAAGCGAAUAUCGCAAUGCGAUUGGCAUGUUACCGUAAGAGUGGAAAAUCGGGGAACGUGAACACUCACUAGUGAAUGUUUACCUUCGCUGAUUCGCUUGAUACGCGUUCCAUGGCGGAAGCGAGCUUUAGCUUCUCUAUCCAGAUGAAUCAUAAGUAAAAAUGACCAAUAACGAUCGAAUGAAUCAUCUGUGUUCCUAUCUAAGUAAAGAUUCAUUCGAAGUUCGUUGAUUUCGAUCUCAAUGGUAAUCAUUGGUCGAAUUUUAAGGAUAUAUUGUCUUGUGUGUCGACACCAUGACAUGUUACUUUUGAUACGGACUUGUGUAACAGCCAUACUGAAUGCAUCGUCGUUAGAUCGAUUCUAUUACUAUUUACCAUAUUGCAGUUCUCUUGCAUUAACGAACAAAGACUAUUAAAGUAACGAAGAAGAACCUCGGAGGAUGAAUGUUCUUCCUCCUCGAAGCUACUUGGUGUUUUGUAAGAAACUUCUCCCCCCCCCCCCCCCGAUUAAAAUAAUUAUUUUUAAGUACAGCAGGCGCGACAGGAACGGCGCAACGACAACACUGAGUCAACAUGUGACACGAGUGAAUCUCAUCUUUGAGUCUGGCCUCGCAGCUGGAAAGAAUCCACGUAUUGCUACCGAUGCGAGUACCAUGCGAAGUAAUGGCGGAUGUGCUGUGACGAAUCUUAAGCAGAUCGAUCGAAUACGUUUCGGAUCUGACGUAUCAGAUAUGCUGUUAACGAGCUGUUAUUCCUCUAUACAGAAUCUCUCAUUCGUCCUGAUUUAGAUAAACAUUAAAAAGAGAAUAUAAUAUUUAAGCUUCAAACACGCUUCGACGAUACUUUUCCAUCGAGAGACGUUCGAUCCGUUCCGUCCGAUCGAGAUUGUUUCAUAUCGCCGAUCGACAUACUUUCUUCGUCCGCCUCUAUACACGACAACUCAUAUAUUCAAGUGCUUGCAUAAGGAUCGAGGAGAUCGUUGAUCGAUGUACACUCUGUCUGUCACAGUAAUCGCUGUUCAAGCGCGUCGACCUGUCAAACCUGUACCGACACGCUCCACACUUUUAUCUCGAUGUUGACGGAACAUUGCGCAUACUGAAUGGUGUAUGAUCAGUAUUUUUACGAUGCAAGUGUCUCGAGAAUCCCUCUGUCUUUUUUACGUGUCAAUGUGUACCGAUUGUAUGUCGACAUGUUGAGUUUUUCUGGCCUCUUGUAAUCUUCGUUAAUGUGAUUCUGAUUAAUUUCGAAGGGGACUCUAGAGCGAUCCUGUGGCAUGAGGUGAUUUGUUUUAAAUGGUACAGUAGCGUUAUUGAGCAGCACGUAGUUUACGUUGAUCGCCCAUUCAGCUCCGUGCGUUUAUCUGUGAUUUCGAUGUACAGUUAUUAUUUUCGAGAAAACAAAGGGAUAGAUCUCUAGUUUGUAAGGAUACGCAGAGGAAUCACAGACCUUGUCUAUUUUUUUUUUUUCUUUCGGUACGGUUAAUUUAACCCUUUGCUAGUCAACAGAACUUUAGUCAUAGGAACGGACUAUUACAUUGACUUUAAUAACUUUUCGUAGCAAAGGAUUAACAUUUUUAAUUUCCGAGAAGUUCAGUAGCUAUAUUUUAACAUUUUCUGGCGUGUCCUUUCAGUGCGAUUAAUUCAACCAGUUUUGUGAUCUAACAGAGGACGUAGAUUCUGAUGACUUUUCUCUUAAUGUAUCUAACGCUUGAGCUUCGCAGCGAAAGGUUAACAUUUCUAAUUUUCCAGCCAAUUGCUAUAUUUUAGAGCAUCCAGUCGUGGAAACGCGUCUUAUUCGAGCAAAGUUAAAAUCGCAAGUGAUAGAGUGAAGUAAUCUUCUUUAAUGCACAUAUCGUUGCCUCCGCGGAGUUAAUAAUCUCACGAUAAUAAUAGCGUUAGGGUUCUCAGAAUGCGACUUUGAGAUAGUUAAGCGCUGUUUAAUGGUAAGCGCGAUAGCCAAUAAUCGAGCGUCCAGCUCAGCGUGCCUGUCGAGACGAGAGCUGUUGAUAAGUAUUUAUUUGCUCUAUAGCAUUUAUUAAUUUUUUACUAGAAUCGAUACGAUAGCGAUACGAAAAGUAAUGUUAAGCAGUGCUUAGCUAUAACGAAAACGGUAACAAUUGAACGCGUAACGUCGACGUGUAACACGUAGCGUUUAAAUAUAUGUACUUCGUUGUACGAAUAUCAUGGUGAAUUUUUGUCUUCGCCUAUCAUCGAUCAGCGUGGGUGAUAAUUGCGAAGAAACGCGAGGAAUAAUCGCCAAUUACAUUUCAUGAUAAUGACUCUCAUAGGAAAAAUUAUACAUUGGCCACUAAUUACGGAGCAUAGGACAUUUCCGUUUAAAAUCGUGAUGCAAACAAUUGGAUGGAACGAGAGUAAGAGUGCGUAAGUUCAGAGAAAUGUCAACGCUUUCGUUAACAUUCACCCACUGGGAACAUUCGUAAAGGACAAUUAUCGCGGUGCAGUCCACGAUUAAUUCGUUAAGGUGCUCAGAAAGCGUCAUUUAAGUGUUGAAAGUUGUUCUACUUGCGGUUGUAGAAGUUGAGGUAACACAUUCUACUGCUGUUAAACGUCAUAGGAUAAGCAAACGUGGUACAGAAAACACCGACCAGCUGUCCAAACAGGGACGGAACGGUGAUAAGGGAAUGUUGUAAUUUAAUGAUUGUUAAAUACUAUUAAAAAGUGGUGUAUCGAGUUUACGAGUCUACGAGUAUGAUGUACGACCGCGAUUUAAUUGUUGACGCGAAUAUAUAUUAUAAUACACUAUCGGACGCAAAAGUGAUACUUUGUUGACUUACCUCAAUGAAAAUAUACAUAUAUGUGUACA